AUGGGGCGGCCGGAUAGUGACGGCUGCGGCGACGGUGGCGGCGGCGCGCAUGGCGCGGAACCGGGACGGCAGGAUCAGCCGCUGCAGGCGCCUGCACAGCAGCCAGAGCCGGGGCACCCUUUUGAGCUGCUGGACCGCUACCUGCAGGGCCGCCAAGACCUGCAGGGAAAGCUUGUGCCGCUGGUUCAGGAGAACGUGGCAGGCCUGAUGGUGGGGAAGGCAGAGGUCCUGCAGUUUUUGAUGGCACAGCGGCUGCUAGAGGAGAGGGCCGGCCUGCCCGCAGGCGCACUCCUGCGCGGCGCGUUUGUGAUCGUGCCCCCGCCGGGCGUUGCCGGCGCGGCAAGCGUUACUGCGCCGCCGCCCUCGCCUCGGCUGCGGCAAGUCGCGUCGGUGCGCCUCGCGCCAAGGCGGCAGCCGCUGCACGAGGGGCGGCAGCAUCAGGAGGGGGACGGUGAGGCCGUGUGGGAUGUGGACGAGCACGACGCCGAGCUCGCGAUGACAGAUGGCACUGUGCUGCAAGCAGGAGAGCUGAGUAACGACCCGGUGCCGCAGUCUGCGUGCUUGGAGCUGUCUUUCCUGGCGCUGCGCGGGCAGCUGCCGCGUCCAACGGCUGCCGCGACGCUGGGCACGCUGUGGCGGCUGUCCUGCUGCCACUGCCUCACCCAGCCGAGGCAGGCGGCCCACGCGCGCCAGGUGGAGCGGCACCAACGGACUCUCGAGGCGUCGGUGGCCGCCGCAUGUCCUGGGGACGCGCAGCUGCUCGCGGCGCUGCGCGCCCACCACCGCGCGGCCGUGCUCGCGGAGCUGCGGCCGCUGCCGGACGAAGCGUGGCUGCGGCAGAUGCUGCCAAACCUGCGCGUGGUGACCGAGGCCGGCGGUGGAUUUGAGGAGGCCGUGCAGGCCGACGCGGCAGCAUGGGAGGCGCGGCAGCAGGGUGGCACCCCGCAGCAGCCGCGGGACCCGUCAGCAGCGCAGCAGCUGCAGGAGGUCGAGGGACCAGGCUCGUCGCGGCGGCAGCCAGCCGAUCAGCAACAGCAGCCAUGUGGGGAGGCCAGCACCCUGCCGCGUGCUCCUGCCGGUGCCAUUGAUGAGGCCGCCCCCGCGGCCGUCGCUGGAAAGGUCAGCAACUGCCCUGCUGCUUUGGAGGGACUGCACUCAAGCAAACACCAGCGGCUGGGCGGCAAGGACAAUUCGGGCAACAACGGGGCGCUGGCGGCGCAGAAGGAGCGGCGCAUGGGUGAUGCGGGGCUGGCUGCGCCCCAGGACUGUGGGAUACCUGCGGCGAUGGAGGUGGAUGGGGCCUCGGCGGCUGGAGAAGGUAAGGCGCUGGACGAGGGCGGGGCCGCUCAACCUGCCAGGGCUGUCCAUCAGGGGCGGCUUUUGGAGUCUUCAGAGAUCUGCACAUCGCCAUCGAUGCCAGGCCGUGCUGUGUGCGGUGGUGCAGCGGCCCCUGCACCGGAGGAGCGUGUGGGGGCGCAGGCGGUGGCCCCGCAUGCGGUGGUGGUGGUGGAUAAGGUACUUCGGGUGGGUCCAAGUGGGGCCAGCAACGGAGGUGGGGCUGCUGAGCCACAGACACGAGACAACACGGCUGCUCUGGGCGGGAACACAGCAACGGCUGUCUGCAAAGCGGCACCCUCUGAAGUGUGCGAGGGCGCCGACAGCCCGGACAGCUUUAUACCCCUGCUGGAUGCAUCCAAGUUGGCAAAAGCGGACGGCUUGGUGGAUGCCUGCGGUAUUGGUGCGCAGCAUGAGCGGGGAGGCGGCGGCACAAGCGGGAGACGCCGCAGCCGCAGUCGCGAGGCGAGGCGCAGCAUCCGUGAUGGCCGGCCGGACGCAGGGGGUGCGGCGCCGCACUCGGGCGAGUGGGGCGGUGCGCGUGACGUCGAGCGGCGCAAGGACGGAGCGAUCUGUGGUGCUGCACUGCAGGCAGAGCAGGGAGACGAGGGGCGCGCCCAUGAGCGGCAGCGGCUUGAGCGUCGGGAGCAGGACAGCAGCCGGAACGAGCAGCGACAGCAGACGGAAGACGGGCGAUCCAACGGCGCCCAUCCGCGGCCAGAGCAAGAUGAGCGGCGUGAAGGCCGCCGGGCGCGUGAGCAGCACACGCGUGUGCGGUCGCCGCGGCGCAGCAGUGAGGACGGCCGCGAGGCGAAGCGGCCGCGGCAGGCGCCUAGUAUCCAGGAGCCUGGCCAUGAUCCGAGGAGCGGCCGUGAGGAGCAUCAGCAGGGACGACGGCAGCACGCGAGCGAGGCGCCACGGCGGCCAGCGCAGCCACCACAGCAGCCGGAGAAGCGGGCAUCGCCGCCAUCACCGCAGCAGCAGCAGCAGUCAAGGAAGCAGGGCGCGCCGCCCGCUCCAGGCGUUCCCGCCCCUACUGCCGCGCCGCUGCGGGCCGCGCCCCUGCCCCAGCGAACGCCUCUGGCCCCAGCUGCUGCUGAGCAGCUGCGUGCGCCGCCGCCGCCGCCGCCCCCACUGUCGCCGCCGCCGCCGCCGCCACCGCCCCCGCCGGCUGCAGAGCAGUCGCCGCCAUUUGAUCCUGUGGCUCCCUACGAUCCCGCCGGCGGUUACGACCCCUCCGGCUGUUACGACCCCGCUGGCCUCGAAGCGCACCAGUACAAAGGGACAACCGGUGAUGGCGACGACGACGAGGACGGGCAACUGCAGGCGCUGCUGGGGCGCUACGACCCCGCCGCUGACGGCGCGGCUGGCGCGCAGGCCGGCGGCUUGGCCGGAGUCGCCGGCAGCGUGGGCGCGGAGGGGUACGAGUACUGGGUUGCGCGCGGCCACGCCACGGCGCUCACGUAUGACGUGAGCCGAGGCCAACCCGCCGGCGGUCGUGGGGCCAAGGCUGGCGGCCGGGGCGGGGGCGCGGCGUCUCUGGCGGCGCAGCCGACCGGCCAUUGGGGUCGCGGCCCUGCGCACCAAGACCAGGCGGCGCAGCUGCCACCGCCUCCUGCAGUCGUCAGCGGGCCGGACGGCCACCACAAGCAUCAACAUCGGAUCCAAGGGCACUGCGCUGGCGAGCGGGCAUUGGGCGGGGAGAGCGGCCGGGCUGGGCCGGCAGCAGCCCCCACCUGGCAGGUGCCGCCGCGGCCGUGGCUGGCAGAGCCAAGCGGGCCGCCCUUGGGCGCAGCGGACGCCGUCCACCACGGGCGCAGCCCUGCGCGGCGGCCGAGCAGCACGGAUGCGCGCGGCAGCCGCAGUCCGUAUGGCGGUCCCACCCUGGGGCCCAAGCUACCCAGCCCAGCAUCGCCGCCGCAGCGCCGCGCCUCGCGCGACGGCGGCGGCGCACAUGAAGGCGGGCCGCGCAGCACGAGCGCGCCGCGCGGCGAGCGGCUGCGGCCUCACGAGGAGAGGCGCGGGCGCGACGCGGAGCGAGCCUUGCACGGCGGCGGGGGCACGGGCGGCGGCGGGCAGCCCGGCGACCGCGGGGCGCCGCCCUGGGAAAGGGACGCGCGCCGCAGCGCGCCGCAUACGGAUGGCGGACGGCCGCGCACACCGCCGCCGCCUUGGGAGGUCCCUUCGCGUGGCGGCCGCGGCGGCGGGAGGGACGGCCGCAGCCAUCUGCACGGUGAAGAGUGCAAAGAGGCGGGCGGGCGGGUCGGCGGUGGGGUGUCUGUUUUGGGGGGCAGUGGUGGUUUUCAGGGCAACACCCAGGCGAAGCGCAGCAUGGACAGCCCGGAUACGGACGGGCUGGUGCAGGGGUCGCUGCCCAUGAGCCCCGGCUCGCCGCUGACCUACAGCCCCCAAGUGGCGAUGGAACCGCUCGCGCGGGACGAAGGCGCCGGCCCCCGGGGGCCGGACUUUGUCGGCGCAGCGGGCUGGCCGGCACAGCCCAAGCUGGUGCCGGUCGUGAUCGUGUGGAGCCACGGCGGGAACCAUGUCGAGGUGGAGGGGUCCUUUGACAACUGGACGACCCGCCAGCCGCUGCAGCACACGGGCAAGGACUGGACGAUCAUCAAGCUGCUGCCCCCGGGGGUCUACCAGUUUAAGUUCAUUGUUGACGGGGACUGGCGCUACGACCCUAACCAGCCCGCCAUGUAUGAUGAAAUGAACAACGUCAACAACGUGAUAGAGGUCCAGGAGUACGCCCCGGAAAACCUGGACAACGUAUCGGGCUUUGACCCCCCGCCCUCGCCCCCCUCCAGCUACCUCAACCCGCCUCCUGCCCAGGAGGACUAUGCCAAGGAGCCGCCCGCCAUGCCGCCGCACCUGCAGCUCACCCUGCUCAACGUGCCGGCGGCGGACACGGGGGCGAGCCUGCCGCGGCCGCAGCACGUGAUACUGGGACACGUGUACCUGCAGCGGGGGCAGAGCGUCAACGCGCUCGUGGUGGGCACGACUCAGCGAUACAAGGGAAAGUACAUCACAACCGUGCUCUACAAGCCCAGGCCGGGGCGGCGGCGCGACGACGGCGGCCACUCUCACUUCCCAGAGCGCUGA